AUGGGCCGAGCCCCACACAACAGCAUCCACGGGGCCAGCCCCCCACAGAAUUACACCCACGGACCCAGGCCAACUCAACUGCACCUACGGGCCCAGCCCCCACCCAACUGUACCCACGGGCCCAGCCCCACCAACUACACACACGAGCCCGGCCUAGCCCCCACCCAGGAGCAUGCAUGGUACCAGGACCCCACCCCCCACAGCUACACACCUCAGCCCAACCAUCGGAACUGCACCCAUGGGCCCAGCCCCACCCAACUGCACCCCCGGGCCAUCCAGCUCUAUCUGCACCCACAGGCACAGAACCCUCUGGCCCAGCCCUCCCCGAAAUGCAACCAAGGGUCCAGUACCUGCCAAAGUUCCCCACGAGACCAGCCACCCCCAAGCUACACACCUCAGCCCAACCAUCGGAACUGCACCCAUGGGCCCAGCCCCACCCAACUGCACCCCCGGGCCAUCCAGCUCUAUCUGCACCCACAGGCACAGAACCCUCUGGCCCAGCCCUCCCUGAAAUGCAACCAAGGGUCCAGUACCUGCCAAAGUUCCCCACGAGACCAGCCACCCCCAAGCUCCCGCUCCCCGGCUCCCAGUGCCCUGAAACUCGGCUCCCGGCUCCCCCUAUCCAUGGCUCCCUGA